AUGUACCUCGAGGACCGGACGGUGCGACUGCAGCUAUGGGAUACUGCUGGACAAGAACGAUUCCGAAGCUUGAUUCCUUCUUACAUCCGCGAUUCAAGCGUAGCUGUUGUUGUCUAUGACAUCUCUAACGCUAAGUCAUUUCAAAACACCAAGAAGUGGAUUGACGACGUACGAGCCGAGCGAGGUAACGAUGUUAUCAUUGUGCUGGUUGGAAACAAGACAGAUUUGAACGACAAGCGGGAAGUGACCACACAGCAGGGAGAGGAGGAGGCAAAGAAGAACAACCUGAUGUUUGUCGAGACAAGCGCAAAGCUGGGUCACAACGUCAAGAACCUGUUCAAGAGGAUAGCACAAGCCUUGCCUGGCAUGGAGGGAAGCGAUGCUGCGGCGCAAGCUUCGAACCAGAUGAUUGAUGUCAAGACGAACAACUCGCAGCAGUCGCAAGAAGGCUGCGCAUGCUAA